AUGAAUACCAAGCAACAUCAAAUUCGUCCGAUAAUUAACAAUAUAAAUAUCAAUAAUUUGUCAAACCUAAGUGAUUUCAAACUUGAAGAAAUUGAUCAAGCAUCUGCAAAUCAAUUUUCUCCAUCAUUAUUAUCAACCGGUGUCUAUGAACACUCUGAAUCAGCGGAUGCGAAUAGCAUAAACAAUAGUCUAGUAGAUGCAUCGGUUGGAGCCAUAACAUCAAUAUCAAACUAUAGUGGAGAAAUUUUUCUUGAGUCUAAUCCACCUGAAUUGAUACGACGCCCAUCAGCUCAAGGUCCAAUUACUUAUCGGCAAAAUAUUUCAGUAAAUUUUCUUCAACCGCCAUCAGUGUUCCACCAUCAGAAGUAA